CAAGUCACAACACCACUAGCUAGGAUUCGUACUUCGUAUUUACUAAAGACUUUUAUUCCUCUCUAUUUUUGUCUAUCUAUUGUUCUUUCACUCUCUGAUAUUCAGCCAAGAUUUCAAUUCAACAUCAGCAAGGUAGCUUUGUGUCAUUUCUGUAAGCUCAUCUUGUGAAGUAUUAUAGUAAAGGGCUGAGAAGACGAAAUUUUUAGGAGAAAGAAACAAGCAAUUGGUUGGGUUUCGAAGAAGCAGUAAAUUAAUGGCGUUGAGACGUGCUCUUGGGUGGUCUGAUGGUGAGCUCAUGCGAUCGGAUGCGAAGCCAUGCUCAAGAUUGAUGAGGCAAACAGCUGGGAUUUUUACAGUUGGUGGAGCAAUGGGUUUUUGGAUCUUGUGUAGACUACACUAUGGACCAAGAGUUACAAUUCCCAGAAGUCUUAGAUGGGCAGCUUGUGGAGGUGUAUCCGUUAGCUCAACCACGGCUCUUCUGGUUCGCCUUUUCAGCCCCGAAUGUGAACCUCAGAACAUAGCUGCUUAUGACAAUAAAAGAUGAACCCCUAGUUCAUAUUCCCAUUCUAAGACCUCCUCCCCCACCCCCUCUUCUAUUUUAAGACGAGCAAUUUAAGAUGUAUGGUAUUGGUAUCCCUUUAUACAGAGUCAUGUAAAAAUGGUCAUCCUUGGAUUUGAAUGAAGUUUGAUGGGGAUUUUCUCAAGCUAGUAAUCCCUUUAUCUAGAA